AUGCAACUCCCCAUCAAUUUUGCUUCACUCGUCGUACUAUCCACCUUCGCUCUCACUGGAGUCUCUGGCAAGUGCUUCACCAGCAGCAUCAACUGGUCGAACAAGGACAAGGCUGUAGGCCAUGUCGAGGCAGCCUGUCGUGGCGGUGUUUUCACCGGUGUCUUCAAACCCGGCCAGAGAAAAUACCUCUGCGUCAGGGUCGCUGACAACCUCAAGUGGGAAUUCGCUAUCACCAACCAGGACACCCGUGAUUCCUUCGAUCUUCAGGAUGAACACGGUAUUGGCGGGCUAAGCAAUGAGGUUCGUGGCUGUGACAAGGGAGGGGUCAGUAGUGUUUCUGGGUGGGAAUUCAGUUCUGAUCCCAAUGUUGGAUACUGCAACUGA